UGCCUGCAUGGUGCGCCCCGGGUGACGUCAGGAGCCGCGGCGGGAGCUGUCCAUCAGCACCGAAGGCCGCGGGCGCGCUCGGGGCAUGGGGCCGCGGCUCCGGGGCGGCCUGGGCCCCCGCUCCUGCUCCUUUCCCUCCCGCAGGCCCCGGACGCCGCGGGACUGGAGUGCCGGCCGGUGCUGGAGGCGGAGCGGCGACGCGGGCCCAGCCGCCCCCGAGCCCCGAGCCCGGCCAGCGGGGGCCUCUGGCGCCCGGCGCCCCCGGCCACUCCGGCCCCUGCGCGGCCUCUUCCGCCCCGAAGCUCACGCAGCCUCCGGCGCAGGCUGACCUGGGAGGCCAACUGCCUCCCGUUCCCCAGCACCAUGCCGGGCACUGUGGCCACGCUGCGCUUCCAGCUGCUGCCCGCCGAGCCUGACGAUGACGCUUUCUGGGGUGCACCUUGCGAACAGCCCCUGGAGCGCAGGUACCAGGCACUGCCGGCCCUCAUCUGCAUCAUGUGCUGUCUGUUUGGAGUCGUCUACUGCUUCUUCGGUUACCGUUGCUUCAAGGCGGUGCUCUUCCUCACGGGGCUGCUGUCCGGCUCGGUGGUCAUCUUUAUGCUGUGCUACCGAGAGCGGGUGCUGGAGACGCAGCUGAGUGCGGGGGCCAGCGCGGGCAUCGCGCUGGGCAUCGGGCUGCUGUGCGGGCUGGUGGCCAUGCUGGUGCGCAGCGUGGGCCUCUUCCUGGUGGGGCUGCUGCUCGGGCUGCUGCUCGCGGCCGCCGCCCUGCUGGGCUCGGCACCCUACUACCAGCCCGGCUCCGUGUGGGGGCCCCUGGGGCUGCUGCUGGGGGGCGGCCUGCUCUGCGCGCUGCUCACGCUGCGCUGGCCCCGCCCGCUGACCACGCUGGCCACCGCGGUGACCGGCGCCGCGCUCAUCGCCGCCGCGGCCGACUACUUCGCGGAGCUGCUGCUGCUCGCCCGCUACGCCGCAGAGCGCCUGCGCGCCGCCCCGGUGCCCCCCCUGUGCUGGCGCAGCUGGGCGCUGCUGGCACUCUGGCCCCUGCUCAGCCUGACUGGCGUCCUGGUGCAGUGGCGGGUCACCUCUGAGAGGGCCUCCCACACAGAAGUGGUCAUCAGCCGGCAGCGCAGGCGGGUGCAGCUGAUGCGGAUCCGGCAGCAGGAGGAGCGCAAGGAGAAGCGGAGGAAGAAGAGACCUCCUCGCGCACCCCCCCGAGGCCCCCGGGCCCCUCCAAGGCCUGGGCCCCCUGAUCCCGCUUACCGCCGCAGGCCGGUACCCAUCAGACGCUUCAAUGGAGACGUCCUCUCCACGAGCUACAUCCAGAGCUUCCGUGACCGGCAGACGGGGAGCUCGCUGAGCUCAUUCAUGGCCUCCCCCGACGCAGACUAUGAAUACGGGGCCCGGGGCCCACUGACGGCCGGCUCAGGGCCCCCUGUGCGGGUGUAGCAGCGCUGCUGUCCUGGGAUGCCCACAUGGUGGUCACCAGCUCUGCCAGCUGGGUGGGUCUGCUUGGUCAUCCCCUGCCUGUCCACCUGGCUCGCCCCGUGGCCUUUGCCCCUCUUCCCAGUCUCAAGGGCUGGCCCGGCUGCUGGAAAGGGGGGCCUGGCCUGCGGGGAGGACCCCCUUCCAGGUUCCCGAGGGGCUCCCAGGGGCCACAGGGUAUAAACCCCUCCCCACCCCAGGAGUGUGCUCAGGGCUGUGUGUGUGUGUGUGUGUAGGGGAGUGUGUGUGUGUGUGUGUAGGGGAGUGUGUGCGUGAGUGUGUGUGUGUGUAGGGGAGUGUGUGUGUGAGUGUGUGUGUGUAGGGGAGUGUGUGUGGGAGUGUGUGAGUGUCUAAGUGUGUGUGUGUAGGGAGGGCUUGGAGGGGAUGCUGGGACCCUCGCCUUAGAGUUUCCACAGGCAGGACUUCUCACCUACCCCACCCCACUCUCCAGUGCUGGGGACCCCAGGCUGCUCUCCUGCAUGCCUAAGGGGAGGGUGUCACCCCACUACUCCGCCUCUCAGCCAGACUCAAGGAAUGGUCCUUGUCCAGUUGGGGGCAGUGGGGCAGCCCUCAAGCCGUCCCCUGGCCUUUGCAAAGCCACCAGCCUGAGGACAGGGGGUGGGGGUGGGGGGGUCCCCUACUGGGCUGUGAGAGGGAGGGGCUGGGGUGCACGGUGCAUGUCGGGUGUCUGUCCUGCCAGCCUGGACACCUCAUGCUUCUGUCUCCCCCACCCCAUUUUACAUCUUUUAUAAAUGUGCCAAACUGUG